CAAAUAUGGGCCGGCCCACAUUAUAAAUACUAGUGGUACCCUUCACCUGGAGAAAAAGCAAUCUCAAAAAAGUAAAACCCCAAUAGUUCCAACAACAAAGCGCCACUCACUUCUCUCUCCCGGACCUCAAACAAACACAGGAAUUUGUUACGGAAAUUGAGAUGGCAGCCAGGAAUGCUUUCAGAUAUGUUUCUCGUAGGCUCUCAAGCAGUGGCAAGGUGUUAAGCGAGGAGGAAAAAGCUGCUGAAAAUGUCUACAUCAAGAAAAUGGAGAAAGAGAAAUUGGAGAAGCUUGCACGCAAGGGUCCCAAACCGGAAGACCAAGCUGCAGCUGGCGCUGGUGGUGCAGGGUCAGUAGCUGAUGGUGCAGCAAGUGCCCAAGCCUCUUCAACUCCCGGGGUAUCAAAUGACAAAUACCGCAACUAUGGCGUUCUAGCUGGACUUGUUACUGCUGUUGGUGCUUUUGGUUGGUACUCGUUGUCAAAAGACAAGAAGACAGAAGAAGUGCAGGAUUGAAGUAUCUCUUAAUAGGCAACUCCUUAAAAGAAAAAAAAAAUAAAGCAAACUCGUGUUUGGAAGACAGUAACCUCGUCUCUUUUCCUUCUGUAUGGUUUUCCACCAGCUGGAUGUACAAAAUCUCCAGAGUGGAUGUACAUUUUACAACUGCUGAACUGGAUGAUGUUCUAUUUUGUGUUGCUUGGUUGACGCGAUGUAAUCGCUUUAGAGAAGAAUUUCUUGGGUUGGUUUGUUGCCUUAA